AUGCAGUCACCGGACAACGAUGCAUCGCCCACCGAUCCGCUCCAGGCGCUGCCGAUGGCGGCAUCCACUGCGAGACUGCCCAAGAGGCAGUCCGUACCGGAGGGCCAGCCGCUAUCGCAAUCCGAAGUCAGCCUGCCGUACCGGAGAUCGAACCCCUCAGUUGCGCCGCUCUUCGCUUCGACACUGACGCCCCCGGGAUCGCGAUCGGGUUCUCCUAUGGGGAGGGGCUCGCCGGGUCGCCCGCUCUCCGGUUCGGUCUUUGGAGGCCCAGCAGGGCGGUCACUCAUCGAGAGCGCUUCCGACAGCCCAGGUGACCCGCGUAAUCUCAUCAUGAAGGCGUACGUACCCCACGUUGCAAUCUACGCCUCGCCAGACACGGAGGAGCUGGCAAAGGACAAAGGGUUCAAGAACGGCGUGUGGGAACUGUUGCGCCCAUUCGGAGAGCAGAUCCAGGGCAAAGUCACCAUCAGAGACAGCAACGGUGCCAGUAGAUCGUGGGAGGACUACUCUAUUCGAUUCGUCAAGUUCGGAGACAACAUUGAGCACCCAGACGCUGGCGGUGCGAAAGGAGCACAGUCUGCCGUUGCCAACGGGCAAUCCGGGUCUUCCUCAAGCUCAAGGGGCAAUUACGAGGAUGUUGAGAGCGUGGUCGACCGCCACCUCUCUUAUGCUGAAGAAUCGUUUCUGAACGCGCCGCACCAUGGUUUGACAAGACAGGGUCUGGAUGUUGAGGCCACUUCGCCCUACUACUCAUUAUACCUACGUAGGCUGCUGUCUGGCAUCCCUGUGUCACCUCACGAGACUUUUGCGCAUCCAGUAGCCUGCGUGAUUGCCAUCAGCUCACGCAGUCCAUCGCCUAUAGAGGACCUUCGCAAGUUAUACAACGACACGAGCUCCGGCGAGAACAAGUUGCCUGUCUGGGUAGACGGUGAUUACCUUCGGUACUAUGUUCUGGUACACGACGAGGAGCGCGACGACAUCACGCGAUCACUCGCUCUUUUCGAUCAAAUGAAGCGCCACCUAGGCCUGCAUUGUCAUUUGCUACGGUUACGAAGCACACAGAGCGCCGAGACCGACGAUGAUAGCAUACCGCUACCCAGGAGUGACUGGAUGUCGGCGGCCGAAGAGAUGGCGGAUAUCCGGCACAGCGAAGACCAGGAAGAUUUUGAGGAUCCAACGAGGUACAUUUUUGAGUCAGACGCGACGGCGAUUCGGACUUUUGUGAGGGAGAUGGUGACACAGUCCAUUAUUCCCACCAUGGAGCGGCAUGUCUCGCUCUGGAACGAUCAAGUGGCAUCUCGUAGGAGAGGUAUUACGGGAAGAUUCAUGAAUCUGUCGAGGAAGUGGGGCGGUUUCGGCAGCAGUUCACGGAACUCGGUGGUGGGAGGUGGCAGCUCGUCCAGCGCCUACGACGCACUCGGUUUUUACCGUCCAGACGCAUCUGAGGCGAUAAUGCGGAAACUCGCCGAUUUCGCCUUCAUGUUGAGGGAUUGGAAACUGGCACACUCAACUUAUGACCUGCUGAGAUCCGACUUCAGCGACGCUAAAGCAUGGAAGUAUCAUGCAGCAGCCAACGAGAUGGCUGCCGCUAGUCUUCUUAUCAUGCCGCAGAGCUUGCCCUCCAAGUCUCGCGCCGAGACGAUCGACCAGAUGUUGGAGGCGGCAUUCUAUUCCUACCACACACGUUGCAGCUCCCCCUUUGGCGCACUGCGGUCCCUGACUUUGGGUAUUGAGCUUCUGCGACUCAGGGGUGGAAGCAGCGUCGACGAUGCUGUGAGAUGGGGCAUCCGCCUUCUCGACUCGAAGAUCCUUGGUCCCGUCGGCGACGCUCUCAUGAAGGAACGUUUAGCAGUCUGCUAUGCCUCGAAACCAGGCAUCGGCUCCGGCGCAUGGGGUCAUCGGAAGCGCAAGUCGUCUAUGUGGUGCAUCCUCGCUGGAGAGGCUUGGCAUACCCAACAAAAGUACAUCCAGUCCCAGCGGUGUCUCAACGAGGCCGGGCGGAUAUACUCUGAACUACCGCACGAGAACGGCAUCUCUAAGUUCAACCUUGCCAACGAGUUUGUAAGUGGCCUACAGCAUGACCUUGACGAGAAGCUCGACGUAGAGGACGAGGGCAACCAAUCGCCUUCGCAGGACGUGGAGGAGCUCGUUUUUGACGAGGAGAGCGAGCCCUUGGAUCUUAGAUCGAGGAGGGCAAGCAUGAUGGGGCGUGGGGUGGCGCCGGCGGCGAGCCUUGAGACUGCGCCGCUGCAUGAGGUGAAGUCGCCUGUCAAGGAGAAGGCAGACGGAUCGAUACAGGAUGAGUUCGGCUAA